AUGCCUGAUUCUGUUUUCCUUCUUGGUCCUGGUUUUAUAGGAGGGGAGAUCAUAGACCUCCUUCUUGUAUCAAACUAUAAAGUAACAACACUUGUCCGUCGCGAAUCGGCCGUUGCAGAUUAUGCCAAUUUAGGCGUUGAAACAGUAGUUGGUAAUUUGGACGACGCAUCAGUGAUUAAGGACCAGGUUGCCGUUAGUGACAUCGUCCUCCACACCGCAACUGCAGAUCACAUGCCAUCUGUCCAAGCAAUCAUCGAUGGCAUCAGAGAACGAGCGGUGCAAGGACUAAAAACAAUCUACAUCCACAAUAGCGGAGCGACUUUGCUCUCCGACACCGCCGAAGGAGAGUAUAAGAGCCAUACCAUAUUCGACGAUGAGAAACCUGAGGAGAUCAAUGCCCUUCCUGAUUCUGCGUCACAUCGCCGAAUUGACCUAGCAAUCAUCCGGGCAGGCCAGGAACUUGCCUCCCACGCUAAGAUGGCUAUCAUGAUUCCGCCCCUUAUCUACGGGGUGACAACUCGGGAGAACCGCCUAUCAAUCCAGUUGCCGACUCUCGUCCGGUACUCUAUCAAACAUGGCUAUGCUGGUCAGAUCGGCAAGGGCCUCGCAGUUUGGAAUCAGAUUCAUGUCAAAGAUCUUGCAAGGGCAUAUAUGGUUCUCCUUCAUUGGAUGGAGCGUGCGCCUGUCACUGAGAUUGCGCAUAAUCCGUACUUCUUUUGUGAAAACGGCCAAGAGUUGUCUUGGGGUGAAUGCUCUGCUGAGAUUGGCCGCAUACUGAAGAGCAUAGGGCUUAUUAUUGGUGAAGCCACGCCGCGACCUAUUCCGAAGGAAAACUGGGGUGAUUUGUUCGGGGAUUACUCUGGGAUGGUGGUCGGAUCCAAUGCACGACAUAGAGCCACUCGACUGCGGAAGUUGGGGUGGGCACCCUUGGAGAAAGACACCUUUGCCUCCUUGGCUGAAGACGAGAUUCCAAUCAUCGCGAAGGAAACCGGGGAGUUCACAGGGUAUGCGAGCGUCGUUGCGUCGUGA